CUAGGUCUUGCCUCUUUAAGUAACUCGUCAGUGAAGUAAUGUUAGCACUCCAUGGUGCCAGGUCUGAUCAUGUGGGGACAUUUGCUCUUUGUUUUGUUGGUUGUCAGAGGUCACGUGACCUGUUGCUAUGUCAGAUCGUCAAAAGCUACCCCACCCGCCCUCCCAUCUCCCCCCGGAGCUCUAGGCACCAGGAACGAAUCCUCCCUGUGCUCAAGCAAUUGCUCGUGUACCCCAGUGCCCGGGGGUCUGAGUGUGGACUGCGGGGGUCGGUCAUUGACCCAGGUCCCUUACAUCCCAGUGGACGUCACUGACCUUCACCUUGACUACAACCUGCUGCGCGUGACCUGCGCUGACCUGCAACAGCUGACGCGACUGGAGACCUUGACCCUAUCACACAACGACCUUGGCCGUGUCGACCCGUGCACCUUCAGCCACCAGGUCAAGUUGACCCGUCUAGAGCUCGUCCACUGCAGCCUGUCGUCCCUGGAGGGUCAGGUCUUUGACAACUUGACCCACCUGACCCACCUUGAUUUGUCCAUGAACGCCAUAUCGUCCCUCCCCCCGUCUCUGUUCGAGGGGAUGCCGGCUUUGUUGCAUUUGAAUCUUUCCUUCAACAGCAUUGCACGUCUGCAGAACUUUUCCUUCUCAGGACUCCCGUGUUUGACACGUCUUUACUUGAACAACAAUUUCCUGUCUUACAAAGACGGCGGGUUUCCUGUUGACGCCUUCACGGGGUUAGUUCGCCUGGAGGUCUUACACGUGCAUGCAAACCACAACAAACUCACCACGGGCAGCUACCCAGACAUGGCCUUGGCUAAGCUGGAAUCACUAAAGGAACUUUUCAUUGAAGGUGUCCCAGCACCCCUAGGAGCCGGCUUUGGAAACCUAACACAGCUCGCCACGCUGAAUUUCAGCGUGUAUCAAGAAAAGGAAGUAUUCACCUCCUGCGGGAUGUACCAGGACAUGCCGGAGUCGUACUUCACCAGCAUCAACACCAGCCGACCCCUCAUCGUCAACAUGUCCAACUGUGAACUACUGGCGCUACCCCGCUGGACGUUCAAACCUCUGACCACCCUCGUGACUCUGGACCUUCAGUACAACAGAGGGCUGGGCCUGGAAGGCUUUGAAGUGGGCUCAGAAGGUCUGGCUGACUCGAGCCUCACCUACCUGGACAUCAGCGCCAUCGUGGCCAGACAGGCGUAUGUCGUCAAGGGAACUGAGACCGUGUUCCGGUUCCUGAGGAACACAAAGCUGGAGGUUCUGAAGGUAGAAUCCAACUAUCUGGUGUACCUGCACCCACGGGCCAUCAUCGACCUACCCCGUACGCUGAAAUAUAUCUCAUUCAGGGAUAAUUAUUUAAUCGAUGCCCACUUCCUGCCGACCACCCUCGUACUGUACAACCUACAAGAUUUGGAUAUCAGUCAACAAAUCGUCUAUACCAGCCGUAACUAUUCGAACAGCAAUCACAACAGCAACAACCAUAACAGCAACAACCACAUUAGCACUAACAACAACAACAGCACCAACGACAACAGCACCAACGACAACAGCACCAACGACAACAGCACCAACGACAACACCACCAACGACAACAGCACCAACGACAAUAGCAACAACCACAACUGCACCGACAAUUCAACAAUGGAAGCCAGUAUUUUGACGAGAAUCUUAAUGACGUCACCUAAGGGCCCAGUUUCAUCUGGUGGCCCCGGAGCCUCGAGUAGGCAAAUGUCAAGUUAUGGCCGCCAAAUGCCAAUGACACCCAGUAAUGUCAAGUCUGAAGUAUCCCUUGUGCCUCUACCCAAAAGUCUCCUCCACCUCCGUGGCUCACACCUAAACCUAGGCUACUGUAUUCCAGCCUUUAGAAUCUUUAACAACGACGUCUUCAAGUACUUCGACGUGUCCCAGAAUUCCCUCAAGUGCUGGGACGGUCCGAUCCUUGGCGCCACCAGCCUGGAGUACUUCGACCUCUCGCAGAACGCCUGCUACCGCGUCAGUCCAGGAUUCUUCGCGAACCUCACCGCUCUCAGAACUCUCAAACUAAACAAAAACUUUUUAGAAAAUGUUUUUUCUUCAGAUCAAAAUGACGCCAUCUUCUCAACUCUAACACGACUGGAAGAGCUGGACCUCAGCCACAAUGGCAUCAAGUCUCUGCCGGACAAGAUUUUUCUGGAAAACAUACGGCUCAAGUAUCUGUACUUGUCAGGCAACCAUUUAUCGAAGCUAAAUUUAGAUUUGACGCGUGUUUUGGGCAUGGCCUACCUCGACCUGUCGGACAACGCUUUGAGUGGACUCUCUGCUGCCAAUGUGGUCCUCCUGCACGACCUCAAGCUGAAGAACCCGGACUUUAAAGUCAAUUUAUCUGGCAACCCUCUGCAGUGUUCCUGCCAGUACGUGGACUUCCUCAGGUUCCUGCAGGCCGAGCCUGACGUCAUCGAUGGGGCGGAGUCUCUGACGUGUGUCACGCCCAACGGCAGGAGCGCCGCCUACAGCACGAUGCCAGCGCUUCUAGCGCAGCUGGAGAGGUCCUGUGUGGGCCAGACCACAUUUUUUGUGGUCCUGGUGGCCUGCGUGCUGCUGGUGGGCGGGACCAGCAUGGCGGCCACCAUUUACUACCACCAGUACAAGCUGCUCUAUCGGUACCACAUCCACAUCAGAACGCUCCACUCUGGGCUCAUUCCACACCAAUAUCUCAAGGACGUUUACCUUACUUACGAACAGGAGCCCGAGUACCGUGACGUAGUGCGCAUGUUUCGCCAGAGGCUUGACCAGAAGGGUGUGACCUACAUCCUGGCGGAGGUCAACUUCGAUGGUGGAGACCUCAGCUCCAGCAUCGCAGGGGCCAUCGUGGGCACGCGGAAAACCGUCGUCCUGCUGACUCGCGACAUAUUCGAGGACUAUCACAGGUACCUGGAGCUGCGGCUCGCCAUGGAGCACGAGCGGCAGACGGGGCGGCGUCUGCUGGUGCCCGUGCUGGUCACCCCCCUCAGCAGGGAGCCCCGUAGCUGGGGGCUCCACACGUACUUCAGACAGGUCAGGCACAGGAUCUUGUUCUUUAAAGACACGGAGCAAUUCUGGGCAGAAUUGAUGCGGAGCUUGAUGGAUGAUGUAGAGAGCAGUGUGGAGAUUGUUUAGCUGCAGCUAGCGGGCAGUGGGGAGAUUGUUUAGCUGCAGCUAGAUAACAGUGGGCUGGCUGAUGCCCUUUACCUCUACAGAUUGAAUAAUUAGUAAACAUAGAACCUAAACUGACGUCAAUACA